AUGGAAAUAAUUUUUAAUGCUGUAGGUGUUUUUUUUGUUGAGGUGGGAAAGAAUGUGUGUAAAUGCAUCUGUCCUGAUGUUGAACAUACCGCCAAUUUCUCAUCAAAACUUGAAAAUCUAAGGAAGGAAAUGGAGAAGCUAUCAAAGUUUAGAGAUGAUAUCAUAAAAAGUGUGGAAGGAUAUGAGAAAAAAGGCUAUAAAUCAAAACUAGACGUUAUCCAGUGGAUCGAAGAUGUACACAAGCUGGAGAGUGAAUGGGAAACUAUGCAAGAAAGCAUGGCAGCGGCGAAGAAGUGUACAUACAAGUGUUGUCCAAAGUGCAUUAUUGGCUCGGAAGACUCCACUCAAGCACGGAUUGUGCAAGAUCAACUUUUCAGACUUAUAGAGGUCAGAAAAAACUUUGGAUCCAACUUGGUGGUAGAAAAUUACCAGAUGAAAGAAGUUAAGUUCAUGCAGAGACCAUUGAUAGAAGGCCAGUCAGCAGCAACAGAAAAUCUCCACAAAAUCCUACAACUAUUAGAAGAUAAUAAGGUAUGCAUCAUCGGUGUGUGGGGUGCAGGAGGAGUUGGGAAAACAUCAUUGGUGAAUAAUCUGAACAAUGAGCUCUUAAAGAAUGAGGUAUCAAGUUUUAAACUGUCUUUUGGUGUUGUGUUAUGGGUUACAGUGCCCAAACCGCCAAUAGACAUAAGAACGGUUCAAACAGAAAUAGCUAGCAGAUUAAACCUAAAGAUAGAUAGCGAGGGAAAUGUUAAAAGUAUUGCCAGCAAAAUCUAUCGAAGACUCGAACAAGAAAAGAGUUUCCUUCUCAUACUAGAUGAUGUUUGGGAACCUAUAAAUUUGGAUGAUGUAGGUGUGCCUCAACUGGACUAUCCCGCAAGAAGCAAGGUCAUUAUAACUUCUCGUUCUUUGGAUGUUUGUAAGCAAAUGAAAAUAGACGCCGAAAUGAAGGUGUACACAUUGGAUGAGGAUGAAUCUUGGCAACUGUUAAUCAAAAAUGCAGGAGAUCAUGCCAAUCUAGAGCAUAUUCAACCAUUGGCGAAGGAAAUUGCAAGAGAGUGUGAUGGUUUACCUUUAGCAGUCACUGUUAUUGGAACAUCUAUGAGAGGGAAAACAAGGGUCGAGCUUUGGGAGGAUGCUUUGGGAUCACUUAGAAUGUGUGAACCUCAUAAUGAAGAUGUAAAAGAUAAGGUUUACAAGGUCAUCAAGUGGAGUUUUGAUUCCUUAAAAUCUCAGGAUAUUGAAUUAUCCUCGGAGCAAAGAAGCAAACAUGUGAAGAAAAAGAGAGGUGACAUUCAAAGUUGUUUCUUGUAUUGCUCCUUAUAUCCCGCGUUCAUUCCAACAGAUGAACUCAUAAACUGCUGGUGGGCAGAGGAUUCCCUUGGUGAACAUGACACAUACGAAGAAGUCUACAACACCGGAAUCACAAUGAUUGAGACUCUAAAGGAUGCCUGCUUGCUAGAAACUCAUAAUUUGGACUCUGUGAAGAUGCAUGACGUGGUUCGUGAUGUUUCUAUAUGGAUAGCUAAGUCCUUUGGGGUUGAACACAAUUCUGUUUUUCAAGAUGGAAUUGGGGUAUCAUCUUCUGUCAAGAGAAUAUCUUUGGUAAGCAACAAAGUUCAACAUCUACCUGAUAACGUCAUGGAAUGCCCAGAGACAACAACUUUACUAUUACAAGAUAACGAUCGCCUAUUGAAAAUUCCACAUGAAUUCUUUUUGGCAUUUCCAGCCUUAAGAGUUCUGAAUCUGAGUGAAACUGGCAUCACAUCACUGCCUUCUUCAAUCAAUAGUUUAUAUCAACUACAUGCUCUAAUACUAAAAAAUUGCCACUGGUUGACAGAGUUACCACCUAUUAAUAAUCUUUGCAAUUUGCUAUUGCUCGAUUGUGAAAAUACAAGGUUACAUCAUCUGCCGCAAGGAAUGGACAAGUUGACAAAUCUACGGCUAUUAAAUCUUCCUGCAACUGAUUUGGAGGGCAUCGGACGAGAAUUUUUCCUCAACUUGUCUAGCAUUGAAAUGUUAAAUAUGAUGGAGAGUAAAAUGGUGCACCCUUCCACCAAAUUUGGAGCGACUCUUCUUGGAGCAACUUCUUUUGAUGAGAUAUCAUCUUUACACAAUCUGACUUCUCUUUAUAUUCGAUUGGAUAGCUCGUCGAUUUUCAAUAGAGAGCACACCUGGAUGAGUAGAUUGAAAAGAUUCCGCAUUGAAGUUGGGGAAAUUCCAUUUCAUGUACCAUUCAACAAGUCAACAAGGACGAUAUGCAUCUCGGGUAGUGAUAUUUUUCGUUACGGAAAGCUCUCAGGCAUGUUGCAGUUUGCUUCACAUUUGUACUUGCAAAGUUGCUUGGGUCUCAAGAAGUUGUUUGUGUACAACAAUUUUGAUGGAUUAAAAUCUCUCUACAUUAGGAGUUGUUCUUGUUCUUUCAAUCCAGCAGAAGAAGGAAGUGGAACAUUUGACCCUUUGCCGAAUCUGGAAUAUCUCAACCUCGAAUACGUUUAUCGUUUAAAGAGUUUUUCCGAUUUCAGUCAACUUCUCGGUCUAAGAUUUUCUAAAUUACGCCAAUUAGAUAUGUCUAAUUGUUCAAGUUUAACAUGUCUUCUUAGCGUUGGUGACACUUUUUCUAUACCCAAGCACUUGGAAGAAAUUACAAUUACCUCUUGUAAACAGCUGGUAGAGUUGUUUGUGGAACGCGACUCUAGUCAGGCAACACUUGUCAAGUCAGAAGUUCCAAAAGUUCGAAAGUUAGUGUUGAAGAACUUACCAAAAUUAGGAAACUUGGGGGAGCAACAGAGUAUGUGGGAACACCUGGAGGUACUUACCUUGAUAAGGUGCAAUGAAAUAAGGAAGUUGCCUCUGUCUAUUCAAACCUCCAAGAACAUCAAACUAAUAAGAGGAGCAUCAGAAUGGUGGAGCCAAUUAGAGUGGGAUAACGAUAAGUUCAAGUCGAACUUAGAGCAUUGCCAUAUGACAGAUUGAUCGAAGUUGAGGUUACUUCUACUACACUUCAGGAGACUAGAGAAGUAGAGGAAGGAAAUUGCCGUACCAGAGAGACACAGAGUUUCGAGCUAAAGUUAAAUGGUCGGGUUUGCCAUGAUGUAUUUCCUGUCAGAUGUCUUAAGUUUUUUCUGCCAACACCUCUUCUAUGUUUACUGUUUUUGCUUUCACGUUCCGAUAUUUUGAUUGCUUGAUUGUACACCGAGUAAUUUCUUGUUUCGGUUGUGUUGUCUGGUCAUCCAUCUUGUUUAUUUG